AUCUUGAGCCCGAGUCGUCUUCUUCCUUUAGCUCUCUUUGCUGGAAUUUAAAGCUUCAUUUAUUUGGUGGUUGUCCUAUUUCAGUUCUUUAGUUUUUCCCGACACCAACUAGAUACAGCAACUCUCCUUCCGAUCUCUUCUGAAGAUCGAGAUGGAGGGCUUGCCGACGACUAUGAAAUCUGAGAGACGGUGGAGAUCGAAGUCUACGCAGACAUCCAAACCUUCACUCUUGAUGGCUUUUUUCUCUUGCCUCGCUUGGCUUUACGUUGCUGGCCGGCUGUGGCAAGAUGCAGAGAACAGGACAUUACUUGCUAGUCUUCUACAGAAGAACUCUGCUCGGAGACCCAAGGUACUCACAGUUGAAGAUAGGUUACAAGAUCUUGGAUGCAAAGAUCUGGAGAGGAGAAUUGUGGACGCUGAGAUGGACUUGACACUGGCAAAGAGUCAAGGUUAUCUAAAGAACCAGUUGCCUCAAAGUGGGUCUUCUUCGGGCCAAAAGCUUCUUGCUGUUAUUGGCGUAUAUACUGGAUUUGGAAGUCGCUUGAAACGGAAUGUGUUUAGAGCAUCUUGGAUGCCUAGAGGUGAUGCUUUAAAGAAACUCGAGGAAAGAGGAGUGGUCAUACGCUUUGUGAUUGGUCGAAGUGCAAAUCGAGGUGAUAGUUUAGAUCGCAAUAUUAAUGAGGAAAAUCGCUUAACAAAGGACUUCUUGAUUAUGGAAGGCCAUGAGGAGGCUCAAGAAGAAUUUUCAAAGAAAGCAAAAUUCUUCUUCAGCACUUCAGUGCAAAUUUGGGAUGCAGAAUUUUAUGUAAAAGUUGAUGACAAUAUCAACCUUGAUCUAGAGGGGUUGAUUGAACUUCUUGAUCAUCGCCGUGGCCAAGAUGGUGCUUAUAUUGGAUGUAUGAAAUCGGGAGAAGUGAUAAGUGAAGAGGGAAGGUCAUGGUAUGAGCCUGAUUGGUGGAAAUUUGGGGAUGAUAAAUCGUACUUCCGACAUGCAGCUGGUCCACUUUUUAUACUCUCCAAAAAUUUGGCUCAGUAUAUCUACAUAAACAGUGCUUCCUUGAAGACUUAUGCUCAUGACGAUAUAUCAGUGGGAUCAUGGAUGAUGGGCGUGCAAGCAAAUUAUACGGAUGAUAAUCGUUUUUGCUGCAGUAGCAUUAGACAAGAUAAGGUGUGUUCCCUUGCUUGAUCAGAGAACACAAAUAUCAAUGGAGUCCUUUGUGGAUGGCAUUAUGGAUGGUGGCCAAACAUGUACAAAUGUCAACAUUGCUUUUGCAGCAUUAUUGUGUCUGCUGUAUGAUGAGUCAUUUGAGAGGCGGAAGCUGGAUUAUUCUUUUAGAUGCAGUUAAUUGUCUCAUUCUUUUCGAAAUUUUAGUAGGUUAGUUAAACAAAGUUGUUAAUUCUGCUAUCAUUCAAGAUUACGCACUAUGCAGUUAUCUUCCGAAGAUUUUUCUGAGAUGCUUUUCUAGAGUAUUAUUGCCCUAUAUAUAUAUGAUCAUGUCGCUUAGUCCACAUGAUCUUUUCUUCUUCUU